AUACCUGGGAUCAAAGCCAGCUAUAUAUAAAGUCCUUGAUUCUGUGUGGGUUCAAACACAUUUCAAAGUUCAGGAUCCUGAAAGGUUUCGCUCUACUUCCUGAAGACCUGAACACCGCUCCCAUAAAGCCAUGGCUUGCUUUGGAUUCCGGAGGCACGAGGCUCGGCUAGACCUGGCUUUUAGGACCUGGCCCUGCACUGCCCUGUUUUCUCUUCUCUUCAUCCCUGUCUUCUCCAAAGGGGUGCAUGUGACCCAGCCUUCUGUGGUGCUGGCUAACAGCCGGGGUGUCGCCAGCUUUGCGUGUGAGUACGUGUCUUCAGGCAAAGCCUCAGAGGUCCGAGUGACAGUGCUGAGGCAGGCUGGCCACCAAAUGACUGAAGUCUGUGCUGCAACGUACAUGGUAGAGAGUGAGUUGACCUUCCAAGAUGAUUCUACCUGCAUUGGCUCUUCCAGUGGAAACAAAGUGAACCUCACCAUCCAAGGGCUGAGGGCCAUGGACACGGGGCUCUACAUCUGCAAAGUGGAGCUCAUGUACCCACCUCCCUACUAUGUGGGCAUGGGCAAUGGAACCCAGAUUUAUGUCAUCGAUCCAGAACCAUGCCCAGAUUCCGAUUUCCUCCUCUGGAUCCUUGCAGCAGUCAGCUCGGGGUUAUUUUUUUACAGCUUCCUCAUCACAGCUGUUUCUUUGAGCAAAAUGCUAAAGAAAAGAAGCCCUCUGACUACAGGAGUCUAUGUUAAAAUGCCCCCGACAGAGCCAGAAUGUGAAAAGCAAUUUCAGCCUUAUUUUAUUCCCAUCAAUUGAGAGACCAUUAUGAAGAAGAAAGACAAUUUUCUAAUUUGAAAGAGCUGAGGCAAUUC